CGCUCUCCGGCAUCCUCCGGCCACAGCAGGUCAAGACACCCCGCUGCCCGUCUCCGCCGCCCCUGCCGCAGUCUCCCUCCCUCCCUCCCUCUCUCUGGCGGCGACGGCUGGGCGAGCAGCGCGCCCUUCGCAACUUCUUGACGGGGUCCUUUGCCGGCGACGAGCACCACCAGUGUACCACUAGAAGGGGACAGUAGGCCGAUGGAGUGCGUGGUGCAGGGAAUCAUCGAGAACAAGCAUGUUGAGGCUCUUGCGGUUCUUCUCCAGGGUCUCUCUGGUGUCCCAAAAGAGCGUGUUAGGGUGCAUGAGCUCUGUCUUAAAAGUGGGCCCAAUCUAGGUGUUGUCCCAUCAGAGGUUCGUUUGUUGUGUGACUUAGCUCAGGCCACACCAUCCUGGACCAUAAGACAUGUUGGUGGUGCCAUGAGAGGUGCUGGUGCAGAGCAAAUCUCAGUUCUGGUUCGUACAGUUGUAGAGAGCAGAGCUAGCAAUAAUGUCUUGCACUACUUCUACACUUUAGGGUACAAGCUAGACCAUGAAAUCUUGAAGAUCGGCUUUGCAUUCCGUUUCCACCGAGGUGCCCUGAUCACUGUUACUGUUACAUCUGCUAACAAGAUGCCAAGGCUCCAUGCAACUGAUGAAACUGUGCGGGUCACUCCUGGCAUACAGCUAGUGGAAAUCACAGCUCCUGCCGCUGCUGACAAUUACAAUGAUGUUGUUUCAGCCGUCACUGCAUUCUGUGAAUAUCUUGCGCCGCUGCUACAACUGUCAAAACCAGGACAUUCGACUGGAAUUGUCGCAACUGCUGACGCCGCUGCUGCCUCGCUCAUGUCAAGUGGUGGUGGCAAAACCUUGUGAAGUGGUUUUCUUUGGGCUGAGGUGGUCUCGUGCCGCUGCAGUUUUGCCUUAUGGCUGGCGGUACCCAUGGCUGACACUGUUUUAUGCCUACCCAAUUGGUUGACCUGAUGUCGUGCCUUGUAGCUGCAAGGUCUGUGAGACCUACCUGUCGUGUAUAUCCGUUGAUUUUAGUAUUCUUAUUGACUAAUAAAUCAUUUUGCAGCGUUGUUAUCUGAUUGUGGUACUUGGUACUUGUUCUACUUGGUGUAUGGGACAUCAUGGGGUGGCACGUUGAGUGGUGUUUUCCAUCUUGGUCAUCUUUUGUGAUGUCUGCGAGAUAGAUGACUAUUGGUGCCAUUGUCUAAUUGGAAGCAUUGGAGAUGGUGGACUGAUACGUAGAAUAUGAUAGGACAUUUUUCUGAUGAUACUGAGCAAUGCCCUGUAUAAUUGAGUUAUUUACGUCUUCUAGGCUCA